CUUCCGGUAUUAUAGAUCCAGAGGUCGCUGCAAACACUAGUCUCGGACAGCAUCUCUGUCUCGGAUAAUAACAUGCGAGUGGCCAAAAUCCCGGUACUGGCUGUUAAGUUAUAUAUUAACAAGAUUUUUCUGUAAAAAUUGGUGUUAUAUUGUAUAUAUGUCAUCAGAGAACAUGAGCAGUGAUAAUAUGAAUUCAAAUGAUAACGAUGGAUGCAGUAAUGCGUCUAACAAUACUCGGCCACUUGCCAUUGAAGGACCCCGGUUUCCAAAUGUCCCCAAUGAUGCAAUUGAAAUCGUACCUAAUCAACCAAGACAGCCCAGUAAUUUACAAGGGCUUCUGAGGUUUGCCAUGGAAGCAACUAGAAGUGAAGAUGCUCCACAUAGUUCGCAAUUUCAACCACUGGACCAAGAGACGAAGGAUUUCCUAAAUGCAGCCCUAUCUUCUAUGACCAUAAAUUUGGUAGAAGAAUUGCAGAAUGCAAUGAAAACGUUAUUAAAUGUAAAUGAGUUGAGAAGUGACGAUGACCCUACAGAGCAUGAACUGGCUUUAGAAAGAAUUGCAGACUUUGUUGGUAACAUAGAUCUUGCCAACGACUUUUAUAAAAUUGGAGGUUUUCCUAUCUUGAAGUCGUGUCUCAACUCUACACAUAGCAGUAUUAGAUGGCGAGCAGCAGAAAUUAUUGCUGAACUUACUCAGAAUAAUCCAUUUUGUCAAGAAAAAAUACUAGAAGCAGAACUGAUGCCGAUAUUAUUAAACAUGGUAGAUUCGGAUGAGUCCGAAUUAGCUAGAAUUAAGGCUUUAUAUGCUGUAUCUUGUUUAGUUCGCGGACAUCCUGAUUCUUUAAAAUAUUUUGACAACCAUGAUGGUUAUUCCGUUCUCUUAAGAGCGAUGCAAAGUUCUAUUGAGAAAUUACAGAUUAAGUCUGCAUUUUUUCUGUCGUCCUUAUGUAAUAAGGAAAAUACAGAUACCGUUAAAGCUACAUUGGUCAAAAUGGGGUUAGUGGAACAAAUAGCUGGCUUAUUAGCAAUGCAACAUCUUUUACCUGAUACAAGGGAACAAUUAUUGAUGGUUCUUGCUGGCCUUGUUGAUAAUGAUUAUUUACCUGCAUUAGAAGAAUGUCGCCGAUCUGAUCUAUGUUUAAAGCAGACUUUAGAAAAAUAUGUGAAUGAAGCAAAACUUACCGGGGCCAUGGAUGAAGUGUACACUUGCAACAAUCUGUUCGAAAAGGUGUUUUGUAAUCAAGAAACUGACCAGGAAAGAUAAUUGAAUGAAAAAUUAAUAUACGAACGAUAUUUUUUUUGUUUGCCUAACAAUCAACUGCUUUCCUAAAUAUAACUGUGUUUUACAGAUUUAUUAAAGAAAGUAGACAUUCUGUAGUAUCGACUCCAUUUUUAUAACAAAGUUGAUUUUAAGAUUACAAUUAUAUCGAGUAGUAUCGACUCCAUUUUUAUAACAAAGUUGAUUUUAAGAUUACAAUUAUAUCGAGUAGUAUCGACUCCAUUUUUAUAACAAAGUUGAUUUUAAGAUUACAAUUCGAAGUAACAGUGAUUUAACACUUAUACAUGUAGCUGACAAUGAGCUUCAAACGUUGUUAAUUCGUAUAUUCAUCAAAACUCCAGUGCUGAUUAAAAGUUAUUAGAUUAG